UGGGGCCGGCCGCGCUUGAUAGCGCCAGUCACGGCCAGUCGCCGAUGGCCGCCGAUGCCCGCCGCACCUGACAUGCAGGAGGAGGAGGAGGGGGGCCGGUGCAGGUGGUGCACCGGCUGCAGCAGCCGCCUGCGCUGCUCUUGCGGGGGGUGCCCCGGCCUGGACGCGGCGCGCGCCUUCAUGCUGGUGCUGGCGCUGUUCUCGUGCGCGAUGGCCGCUGCAGGGCUGGCGUCGCAGUUGGCACCCCUGCCGGACUUCCCCGGCGAGGCGCUGCUGAGCGUGGCCGUGGCCAAGGCGGCGCUCUACACGGCGCUCAACCUGCUGCGCCUGCUCAUGCGCCGCAUGCACUACGAGGAGCGCACCGUCGAGGACAUGCGCUUCGACUUCGCCACCGGCGAAGAUCAGCCGUACCAGCACUCCGUCGUCGCGCGGAAGUCGCUGCGGCUGGACAGCGUGAAGACGCGAGAGCUGUGGGCGCAGAUCGCUGACGACGUGCUGGGGGGCGUGCCCGCGGCUCUCGCCUUCGUCGCCUUCAACAGCCGCCUGCUCGCCGGUCAGACGCUCUUGGCAGAUUUCAACGACGCAACCAUCAUAGCGCUCGCCUCCAUCGGCAUUCUGUUCAAGGCGGUGAGACUGGUGAACGAGGCGGUGGGCGUGGUGCUGCGGAAGCGCGCCGGGGAGAUCUCGGUCGCCGGCAUCUGCGUGAACGCGGCGUGCUGCGUGGCGGACACGUGCGCGCUCGCCAACUUCGCCAUCUUCGUGCUGCGCGUGGCCGGCGUCUUCUCCAUCGACGCCGGCACGACCGCGUGGCUGCUACCGGUUGUGCACGUGCCCGUGAUCGGCAAGCAGGCGGAGUACGUGAAGCCGCCGACCAAGAGCCGCGUCGGUGGACCCGCCUGGGCCGACCCCAACAGGAAGCCCACCGUGCUCGGCCCUCCCUAGUGAUGUGGACCGUCUGUUGAUACUGCAGCGCAGCGUAGCGGCAACGUGCUGAAGCACUGUGAUGCGCCAGCGCUCCUGGUGUCAAGUUUUCGUACUAUGAGGAUUGGAGUAAAUAGACUUGUUUUACAAAGCGCUCCAUCGAAGUUAUCUAAGUGCUCAGACUUAAUUCCGUAACUGUUCUACUGUUGUUACAACUACCACGUCAAUAGAGAUCAAAUACUGCUGUAAAACAGCUGCAGUGCACCCGUUGAAAAUUAUAGGAAUGCAUUAUGAACUUAACAUCUCCUUUUUUGGCGAACUGGUCGCCUAGGACCACGCGAAAUCAGUGCUUGUCGCCCUUCCUUUCAGUUCAUUGUUCCUUUUUGCAAAACGAAUAAGUUUUUCCGUCUCUCCGUUCAUAUUUGUUGUUUGAUCCUUCUCUCUUUUCCCUCAAUACCCCAUGUUGUGGCACUUUCUUGAUUGUAACUCACACACGUAAAUUUUGCGAUCCUCGAGGUCUUUUUCUGCUUGUACCAGUCGCAUCUAGCAACAUUAUUUUUCAGAGAGUGUGGAGGUAAUGGGAUAGUCUGUUUUGCUCUAUUCUUCCUGUGUGUCACAUGAGUUGCAUUCUUCCCAUGUGCAUUGUAACCGUUAUUUAAAGAGUUCCAAGAAGAUAAUCUAUUUUAUUUAUAAUCAAAUUUUUACGCAUUUCCUACUGUGUUAUAACAUGCGAUUAUGACUGAGUCUUCCAGAUACUUUAAAUAUAAAUGUUUACGGUAUAUACAAAUGGUAAUCGCUUUCGGACUAAUUUGCUCUCAUAUCCUCGACGUCGUUUUCGUUUAUUUUUAUUUUAUAGUUUUAUUUUUUUGUUGGUUGCUGCUUCUUCUGUUCCAAGGUCUUGGAAUGCCCUACAUUACGUUGAUAAUAAGCUUUCUGUAUAUCUUGCAUCUGUAAUUUAUAUUUAUACGACGACUACAAAAAAUCUCUUCAAUUUAAAAAAAGUAAAACAAAAAGACAAAGUAAGUUCUCCGGAACAUUUAAAUAAAUUUUAUUCAGAUUUUGCGUUUCUCUCAAUUUUCUGUAAUGACUAAGCUGAAAAUGCAAGCAUUACUUUAAAUAAAUUGUCGAAGUAUGUAUUGGCGCGCAAACGUGCACACACACACAAUUAUCUCACAAAUUUGGCUCCACUGACUGCAGUCUUUGAUGAGACAAAGACAUGUAGUUAUGGCAGCACAAGAACGGAACAGUACGGAGACCACAAGAAUCAUUAGUGUCAUAGGUAAUAAAAGCUGAGACUGUUGCUGUAGCAGUGAUUUGCUCAACAAACCAUAUUUUUCUGGCGAAUUUGUGGUUUUAGGUUUCCCUACCGAACAUGUGAGUAGAUGCCAUUAAUCGCAGAUCUCUUCAUGGCCAUGUAUUUUUCAAAGUAUGAUUCACUACAGUUCAACAAUAGUAUCAUAACGAGUCUAGUUCUGAAUAUAAGUACAUGCGUAACUUCUUUGAGGAUAUCUUUCUCAUCAAAACAUCAAGAGAUUUUUUUGUCUCUCUUUCACUUUACCACCCUGUAGAGGAAAGUCCCAAGAGAUGUUUCAGUGGGGACUCAAAGGAUAUCAGCAAUGCCUCUCCGACAACAUUGGAAUGGAUAGACUCUCUUGACCCCAAACUGUUAUGUCAACUGAGACCAGAGCUACUGCAUAUUCCUUUUAUACUUCAUUGUGCACAUAAUGCUGUCAAUUGAAUGGUGUAUAUAUAUCCAUACGAUAAAUAAUAAUAAACCGUACCCACAAUGUUGUCUUUUCGUAGUCCUAUACAAAACGAAUCUAACUACUGCUGAGGUCCCCAUUCCCCUUAAGAUUUACGUAUGGCCCUUACAACUACCUUCACAACGAAUUUUGGUCUGGGUAUCAAAGUAUUUUGCACCACUCUGCUGAUCUGUCUCGUUAAAAAAUUUGAAUUAUUAUAUCAAAUUGUUUCCCACGUUCCUCUGCUCAAACCAUAUAUUAUAACGGCAGUUACAAGAUCACUCACUAUCUUUCACAGCCCACACAUCGGUCAUUCAUGUAAUUUUUAUUGCAACUUAAUUUGUUUCCCACUCCACCUCCGAGAAUACUACAUUAUCAAUGGUGAGGUUCAUGGAUUUGGCAGUGGUACAAUGAUGCUUCUCAAAAUAUGAACCAGAAAUUAAACUUGAACGAAGAAUUAGAAGGCUAUAAUAAAUGAUUCCGAAUCAGUUUCAUUGGCCCAUAUCCUACACUUUUUUCAGCUCAUCGUUAAUCAGUUACGUGAUUUCUAUUUGCAGUGCUAUACUCAUAGAACUACUUGGAGUGAAUUUCCGUCUUUUCAUGAUCUGACAGGUUACAGAAAGACAGUGAUUAAAUCCUUUACAAAUUAUAAAUUCUACGGAAAGAGAAGGUAAUAAAUCAAGAAGUAAGUAGCAGAAAAGAGGCGGAGAAAGGAAGGGGCCGUCAAGCGCAUGAAGAGUAUUUGAGUGGCAAGUGGCUGCGUUGCCCCUUCGGGCACGACAACCGUGAUAUCUCUGGUAAGUAAGGAAAACUCUGGUCUAUCCGUCACACUGCCAACGCAGCCAUGUGACGCUUGUGACUAAGGAAAUUUUCUGUGGACGCUGUCGCGAAAUCGACACCUCCAACAAGAAAUAGUCACAGCACAAAUUUCCAGUUCUGUCUUCUUUUAUCCCAAGUCGAAGACUUUUUUAAGUUGUGGUUAAAUGAAUAAAAUCUUUGUAAAGAAAGAAUAAUUAAAAUUUGCUGUUUAAUUUAUUAACUGAUCGUAGCCUAUUGUAUUAUGUUCCAUUAUGAAUAAAAAUCAGAGUUAAUCUUU